CCCUCCUGGCCCGAUACCAUGGGAGUGACUUGUGUGUCCCAGAUGCCUGUGGCUGAGGGCAAGAGUGUCCAGCAGACAGUGGAGCUCCUCACCCGGAAGUUGGAGAUGCUUGGGGCAGAGAAGCAAGGAACAUUUUGCGUGGAUUGUGAGACCUACCACACAGCUGCCUCCGCUCUUGGCAGCCAAGGUCAGGCUGGGAAGCUGAUGUAUGUGAUCCACAACUCAGAGUACCCUCUGAGCUGCUUUGCCCUCUUUGAGAAUGGCCCUUGGCUUAUUGCCGACACCAACUUCGAUGUGCUCAUGGUGAAGCUGAAGGGCUUUUUCCAGAGUGCCAAGGCCAGCAAGAUUGAGACCCAGGGUACCUGUUACCAGUACUGUGACUUCCUAGUGAAGGUGGGCACAGUCACCACGGGGCCCAGUGCCCGAGGCAUCUCCGUAGAGGUGGAGUAUGGCCGCUGUGUGGUAGCUAGCGACUGCUGGAGCCUGUUGCUCAAGUUCCUACAGAGUUUUCUAGGCAACCACACACCAGGGGCUCCUGCAGUGUUUGGGAACAGACACGAUGCUGUCUAUGGCCCAGCAGAUACCAUGGUCCAGUACAUGGAACUCUUCAGUAAGAUCCGCAAGCAGCAGCAGGUGCCAGUGGCUGGGAUUCGUUAG